CGCAUUACUGCUUCACCAAAAUUGCUAACUCCAAAAUCCGCAUUGGCAUCGCCAAUAACAGCAGUGUUAGCUACAACGCCAACAACCAUCAAUGGGCGACUUGCACCGCCCCAAUUGCCGGAGCACUGCGGCAAAUCGCCACAACGUCGUGGCUCACCGCUGGCCGGUUUUCGCCGUUUGCGUUCGCCACACAGCUUUAUGCGUACACGUCUUCAGGUGCCAACACAAUGUGAUUUCGGUGCAAAAAACCCCAGUAGUCCCUGCAGUGAUAGGGGUAAUAGUAAAAAAGCGAGUAACUUAGCUUCACGCCGUCGUUGCCGUCAACUGCGUUUAAAGGAGGUACAACGUCGUUAUGCAAAGCCAUUUGAGGUGCAUGCUGUGCCGAAACCUUUAAGUCCGCGUGUUGGCUAUUUGUUACGACGAGUAGGCAUGAUACGUUACAGAUCGUUGUUUCAAAUGGAGGAAGUGGAUUAUGUGGUGUUUCGAACGCUGAGCGAACGAGACUUGCAAAUGUUGGGCAUUGGGGACGCAAGCGAUCGUGGAGAAAUUUUAAAAGGUGUUUUGCUAGCGGAUGUGUUGAUUACGGAGUUGGAAUCUUAAGUGCGCGAUAGCUGAAGUUUAGGGGAUUUGUUUAGGGGAUAAUAUGGUAAAAUGAGUUUGUUCAAAAAAUAUGUAUGUAUUAAGAGGCAUUUAUGUUUGUUUAUAAGUCCAUUUUCA